CAUGUUAAGCUUUGCUUUGUAGUCUGUAGGCAUUGACUUGUGCCAGGCAGCUGUGAGCUCAGCUGUGUACCACAGCCGCUUGGCCUCAGUGCUCAUUGGCGUUUUCUGCCCAGGCAGAUAUUAGAUUGUGAUUAACGAUGUUUCUGUGACGCUUUGGCAUAACCUAAUAGGUUCUGGUCCGCGGACCUGGCUCGGACCUUUGCCGGAAGCUGUGCGUCAGGAGCUCAGGACCUCUCGUUGCCAUGUUAGCAAGCCAUGACGAGGAUCGCAGUCGUAUGGAGGCGCUUCAGGCUGAGCUCCAAGCCCUCAAGGCUCAUUUGGGUCGGGCCGUUCGUCUGCAGCGCUCCUCCCCCGCCGAAGCCCCCGCUACCGCGCCCUUCCCCAUCACGAUGACCGUGCAAAUUGACCCGCCACCCACCGCCGCGGCCCAUUACGACGUCUCUGCCAUCCAAGUUCGCAUCACCCUUCAGCGCGAGGCCUUACAGCUACCUUUCACUCAGCCCUCAGCUGCAGUCUCAGCAUCUGGGGCUUCUGACGAGGCCAAAUGUGGCGGAAGGUUAGGUGUGGAAGCGACCCGCGGGUCCCCAACGCAGCUACUUGGAGCAAGCCUCGAGGUACUCUCCAAUGAACUUCCGGAACUGCUCCGAAACCGCAUGGCGCAAGCCCUAGCCCAGGCCUGGCAGACAGAUCUCUACAAGGCAUCGCGCGCAGCAUCUCCUGCCUCCGCCACCACUAGCACGAAACACGGAGAAGGGCCCUCCAGGGGAGGCGGUAAACUGCCCUCAGGGCCGUACAAGCUAUCUGCAGCUGCCGUACAUUUGCAAGAGCAGUUCGUACAACUGAUCUGCCUGGUUCCGGAGCUCCUGGAGCCGUACCAGGCAGAGGACCAGUACGGCGCGACUGUACGGCGUUACGCAAUCAUCAACGACGGCCCUACAGCCGCUGUGUCUGCCGCGGGGCCAGCACCGGCGGGACGGGCGGCAGCAGAAUCCCCAUCACCAUUGUCAACAACCUCAACGCCGCCGGUGCCGCCUUCAGCCGCAUCCCAGCUGCACGGAAAGCCGCUGCAUGGUGAAUCACCCAAGCCUGGCAGCAUCCCUACUGGCGGGCCAGUCCCAUCACCCUCGGCAGUGACGAUGACUCCAGGUGACAGGGCUGACGUCGCCGUGGCGCCUGCAGCAGCCGCACCGCAGCCGAGGCGUGACGGGCCUCCCAUGCCUCAGGACACCCCAGGUGAUAUAGCUCGCACGCAGGCGGCGUCUCAUGAAGCCCGUGCACCCGCAUCCGCACCUGUAACUCCAGCACCAACGCCUCCGUCCUCCUCUGCAGCCCAACCAGCUGCACCCUCAGACCUGCAACAGAAGACGACAGCCACGUCAGCAGCGCCACCGCCAUCGCCGUCGCCGCCAGCAGCUCCUCCCCCUCCGCCGCCGCCGCAACCCGGGCUCCUGUCGUACAACACAGCCCUCAAAGAACUGCAGUACAUUCAGAAGCGCUACAGCCAAGUCUGUUCCGUACGAGUCCACCGCCAAGACGCUGGCGGCGGCGGCGGUGGUGCCGCUGGUGGCGGGGUGUCGCAGCUGCUACAGCCGGGAUGUCUCACCACAUUCGACUUGGAGCUGCUGCCGACGGAUCCGGAUUGGGACAUGCCCGCCGUACGAGUGGUGGGUCAGCUGCUGCCUGUGAGCGAGGGCGGCGGCGCCGAGUGCCUGUUCCUGCCCUCCCUGGGUGUGCACAUGGGCUGCCGGCUGGCUGGCUGGUUGCGGGGCGCCCUGGAGCGCUACAUGGAGCAGCAGCUGACGGCGGAGGCGGCGGCGGUGGUAGCAGCGGAGGCGGCGGCGGCAGUUGCCAAUGCUACAGCGGCAGCAGCAGCAGCGACAGAGGCGGCGGCAGCGGUUGCGGAGCAUGUGGGAGGCGACGUCGCUGGUAGCGUUGGUGGCCACGGAAGGGGCAGAGGAGGUAUGCCGGUGCGAGGGCGAGGGGCUGCGGGUGGGCGGACGGCAGUGGGACGUGGCGGAGGCGGUGGGGGCCGCGGCGCCGAGGCAGCGGCGGCGGCGGAGGCUCCCGAGGGCACUGUGCUGCUGCCGCUGGGGUGCCUGCGGAACCUGUUGCGGAACCUGGAGAACUAUGCCGGCAGCAUCGCACGGGCAGCGGACGAGGAGCGGCGGCAGAGGGAGCUGCAGCAGCAACAACAACAGCAGAAACACAGGCGGCAGCAGCAGCAGCAGCGCAGGCAGCGUGCGGUUGUUCGUCGUGACGACGGCGGCGCCAUUAGCAGCAGCAGUGGCGGCAGUGGCGGCGCUAACAUCAGUGGCGAUGAUGGUGCCGACGCCGACGCCGGCGCCGGUGGUGGUGGCGGCGGACAGCUGUACGACGAUGACGGGUACGGCGACGGCAGCCGCCGUCGGGAGUACGGCACUGCGGCUGCUCCGGCGGGCACUGAGGCGGGUGCAUCAUCAGCAGCGGGUAGACAUCUGGACGAGGGCAGCAGCGGGGCGGACUACAGCGACAGCGGCAGUUAUGACGACGACUACGACGGAGGAGCGAGCGAUGACGGGGGCGACGGUGAAGGGGAUGAGGAUGAGGUGGAGGAGGAGGAGGGACGCGCGGCGGACGAGGUGCGCUUCAGCGGCGCGGCAACGGCCGGAGGGGGCGGCGGAGAGCUACCGGCGGCCUUUGCAGUGGUGCUGGAGGGCCUGCAGCUGGACAACCUUGCGGUGGUGGAGGCGCUGAGAAGCAGCUUCGAGGUCUCCUGCGCGCGCUGCGACUGCAGGGGCACCCUGGUGGUCUCCUCCGAAGCCGUGGCGGGCAGCAGCAGCAGCAGUGGUGCUGGCGGCUCGCGGCCCAACAGCGCCGCCGGGGUGUGUCCCCGCUGCUCGACGGGCUGGUCGCUGCUGAUGCGGCCGCACUACGUGCAUGCGGGCGCCAACUGCCUGUGCGUGGUGAAGCCGCAGGGCUGUCGGCCUCUGGACCUGCUCCCCUCGCUGCUAGCCGGGCAGUGUGCCGAGUGCAGCGCGGUGAUGAGCCUGCGGGAGGUGCAGGUUGGCGUGCCCUUCACGCGCGCCUGCAGCAGCUGCCACAAGGAGCUCCUGCUGCGGGUGGGCGCGGUCUCCUUCGUACCGCGGGGGCCCCCGGCGGCGGCACAGCGGCAGCCCGGGGGGCGCAUGCGACAGGGGCAGCAGCGGGGGGCAGCAGGCGGAGGCGGAGGUGGCGGGGGGGUCCUGGUGCAGCCGGGGCAGCCGCUGCCGGCGCUGGGCACGUGUCGGCACUACCGGCACUCCUACCGCUGGCUGCGGUUCCCGUGCUGCGGAAUGCGCUUCCCCUGCGACCUGUGCCACGAGGAGGCGGUGGCGGACGGCCACCCCGCCCGCUGGGCCACCCGCAUGGUGUGCGGCUUCUGCGCCGCCGAGCAGCCGCUGGCGCUGGCGUGCAGGGGCUGCGGACGGCAGCUGGCGGGGUCCGCAGCCAACCCUAGCGGCCGCCGCACUCGCUUCUGGGAGGGCGGCACCGGCUGCCGCGACCCUCGCCGGCUGAACAAGAACGACCCGCACAAGUGGCGCGGACGCAACAAGACGCAGUCCGCCAAGGCCUCACGCGUGGGGCCUAAGCCCUGGAGUGGCAGGGGCGGCGGAGGAAGUGGCGGGGCUGGGGUAGGAGGAGGAUGACGGGAUUGCGGUGCGUGAGGAACGAAAGGCGGACAGGUUCCGUUGUAGAGCAGGCAAUUAUGUAUGCUAGGAAGUGAUGUGCAUGUCAGUUGCCACAAUCACCCUGAGUACUCUCGUUCGAUGUUGGGCGACAGUUGAACCUGUUGAGGUAAAAAUGCGAAGAAACCCAUGAGACUGCCCGGGCCUGCUGAGGCCCAACCAACCGCAAGGGUUGGAGCUAUGGAUGUCGAGGGUCAUUCUGCAAUUUUGUAGUUUAUUGCAACUAUGCUGUGGUGUCAUGGAUCGCUCUGGAAGAGAGGCUGUAGCUCGUCCAUGUUGUGACAAUGAGCAUCAACGGGCGUCGAGCUAACCAGGAGUGCAGCAUUGCCAGCUGGGCAGGAAGUGGAAUUACGAGCAUGGUUUUAAUACCGGUGAAGCAAGGAGGGCAGCAGCUGACAUCGUGGAUCACGUCGAUGGCUUGUUGUACGGUCGAUGCGGAAGCUACGCGGACGGACACAAGGUGGAAGCAUACACAUCGCAGCGCAUUCCGCAUUUCGCAUAGGGAUUACAUAGUCCUUGCAAAAGCUGGGCAGCUGUUACCUUGAAUAGCCCCGGGUUGACCACCCUUUCUGUCAUAGGGAUUACAUCCGUUGCAACCUGCGUUUGCUUUGUACAUGUACAUGCUUGUUGAAAAGAGUGGCUAGUAACUGAUCAAGGCAACAGGCUCUGGCGCGAUGGCGGGGCGUCGGGGCGACUACGACGCCCUGAUAAAGUUGCUUCUUGUAGGCGAUAGCGGCGUCGGCAAGUCCUGCUUGCUUUUGCGAUUUACAGAUGAUAUGUUUACAUCGUCAUUCAUCACGACAAUAGGCAUCGACUUCAAGAUUAAGAAGGUCGACGUAGAAGGGAAGCUCGUCAAGCUACAGAUAUGGGACACGGCGGGGCAGGAGCGAUUUAGGACUAUUACGAGCGCCUACUACCGCGGCGCGCAGGGCAUCAUCCUGGUGUACGACAUCACGGACGAGUCCUCCUUCAACAACGUGCGCAACUGGAUGCGCAACAUCGAGCAGCACGCCUCCGACAAUGUCAACAAGAUCCUGGUGGGCAACAAGCUGGACUUGGCGGAGGAGAAGCGGGUGGUGUCCACCGCGCGGGGUCAGGAGCUGGCAGACGAGUUUGGCUUCCGGUUCUUCGAAACCAGCGCCAAAGACAACGUACAUGUAGAGGAGGCUUUCUUCGCCAUCGCGAAGGAUGUGUUGCAGCGGCUGCAGGGCGAGCAUGCCAGCCAGCAGCUGCUGCAGCAGCAGCACUC